AUCAAACCUGCGGUCCCGGCCCGACCCAUCUCUAUGGGAUUUUCCAGUGAAUGGCUGGAACAGUCCUAUUUGGACUGGAGGCAUGCAGCCAGUGCCAGAUUAAUACGAAUAGUACUGUUCAUCACAUCUGGCUCCGCAUUCCUUCGUACACUCGGCCAUAUUCCUGGAUUCUAUGCUCUAUGGACGGCUGUAAUACUGCUUCUUUCUACCGUAACCAUCAUCUUCCAUAUCCUACGUCCCGCCCGUAUAGCCGCAUUUCAAAUUCUUGCCGGAAUAGUGCUCCUUCUCGACGUGGCAUUUGCCCUACCCGGUUAUGAAUCUCUUUUCCCAGCCCUACUGGCAGUAUUCUCACUUUAUACAUUCUUUUCUCUACCGUUCUAUGCGAUUCUAGCAACAUCGACGUUGAUUUCAAUUGUUCAAACAUGCUCAUUUCUGCUGUUCGUUGAGCCGCUUCACACAAACGAGCUCCUUGCCAUAAUCGUGGUUCACAUUUGGACAAACUUCACUGGAAUCUACUUGUGCUCAACAGCAGAUCGUCUUGCACGUAACGCAUUCCUAUCGGCUAGAAACUCAUCGGAAGCCGAAUCGACUGCCGAGUUUCAAAGCAAUCGUCUGAACAAACUUCUCUCAUCAUUUCUACCAUAUCAUCUUAUCAAUCAAGCCAGACAUCAGAUCACUCUCUACAAACCACAUUUGUACAAUGAAACGUAUUCACAGGUAUCAGUUGCAUACGGUCGACUUGUUGGAUUCGAGUCCGUCCUUGCUCAAUGCUCAUCGAUCGACGCGGCACGUGUACUCAAAGAGCUUGAUAGCCGAAUCGAACGUCUUGCAGCAUCAAAUGGAUGUACUCGAGUGGCGUCUGAAGGAAUAACUGCAGUUUGUUCAAUUCCUGGAAUCGAUUCUCAGCAUGCGACAAAGUUAUGCAGAUUUUCGAUGGAAUUGGAGACAUUGAUCAAUUCAUUCCGAGAUGCAACUGGAGCAGAUGUAUCGGUUUGUAUUGGAAUUGAUAGUGGUCCUGUUACGGCUGGAGUUGUUGGAGUUUCAAAAUGGCAUUAUGAUGUUAUUGGAUCAGUUUUUGAUAAUGCUCUGCUCAUGCAAAGUAAUGCAACUGAACCAGGUGUCUACGUAUCAAAUGAAACUCGUCGUUUCCUUGGUUCAACGGGAGAAUUUGAACUGGAAAAAUGUCCAAUUGGAUGGAAACUUUAUGGACACUUACCAUCACCAGAACUUUUCCCUGUUAAUAAAAGAUUCUCAUUGGUGACAGUACCCCAAGCCGUCAACCGAGUGCUCCAAAGCAUUGUCGCCAUGAAUCCAACUCUCAAAACCAUGGGAACGAAUAAAAAGCGAAAAGGAGAGAAAAGUCAGGAGAAGUUUGAUAUGCAAAAGAAGAAGGUCGAACAUUCAACCAUCAUCUCCACAUUAAGCCAAAGAUUUCGGAACCCUGGUCUUGAAGCUGAAUAUCACAAGGAAACAGAUCACUGGUUCAUACCAUCUCUUGCAAUUUCCAUAUUCUUUCUAGUGGUCUAUGGGAUAUAUCAUAUGCUCGUGAUGCCAAGACUUAUCACAAGUUUAGCACUGAUUGUUGGAGCAUUGACUGUUAUGUUCUUCAUUCUUCUCAUGCUAUACAUUGAUUACUUUCACACAUUCUCCCAAUUCAUCACUCGUACAUCUGCUGGACACGCAGUCAGUAUUAUUUUGAUUAUUGUGAUCCUUUUUGUGUGUGGAAUUGUGAAUACGUUUUCAUGUCCGCAACCAAAUGCUCCUGACGUAUGCCAAAAAGCCCAUUUUUCCACAUACUCGUUCGCAAUGUGGACUAUCACAACAGCCGUUUUUGUUCGUUUUCCAUCAGUUUAUCUAGCAAUUCUUCUUAUCAUUUCUCUUCUCACCUACGGCCUACAAAUCUAUGUGACAAGACCUGAUGAAUUUGGACCAAGAGAAUUUAUGACUGAAUUGGAUCUUUCGUGUUUUCUAAUCUCCCUUGUUUCAAUGGUAUUUCUACAUUCAAGACGAUGCGAGCGACUUUUGAGAUUGGAUUUUCUAGCAGUUGUAAAAGGAAUUGAAGAGACUUCAAUGAAAGAUAAACUAAUCAAUUUAAAUAAUCAAAUGCUUCUGAACCUUGUACCAGCUCACGUGGCACCAGGUGUCAUUCAAAAAGCCGGAGACGUAUGGCAUCAUUCUCAUCAAUCAGUCGGAAUUGCCUAUAUCGCAGUAAGUGGAUUCGAUUUGGAAGGAGAAGCAGGAAUCAAUGGGUUGAACUACGUUUUCUCACAUUUUGACCAAGCUAUAGCGAAUUAUAAAGGAGUUGAGAAGGUGAAAAGUGCCAAUCGAUUCUAUAUUGUUGCUGUUGGUCUGUUGCCGGAUGCUGCUCAAAAUGUUAAUGAAACGCCAUGGACUAUUGGAGAGCUUAUGAGCACGUUGGCUCAUUUUAUUAUUAGCAUUUCACAAUUUGCAAUGGAAAAUGAGUUUCAUGUUCAGAUCGGUGUUGAUUGCGGAAGCACUCUUGCGUUUGUAGCGAACACCGAUCAGCCCCGUUAUGAAAUAUUCGGUGAGACUCUUGAUAGAUCCCGUACACUCAUGCAAGCAGCCGGACAUGACACAACUCUAGUUUCUGAAGAAGUGUUCUUGGCUCUUCGUCCUCGUCCGUUAAGAUUCAGUUCACAGCCUGUGAAAGUUGCAAUGAAUUUGAAUGCAUAUGAAUUGGUUACGGGACUUCGAGAUGUGUCAGUUGAUAUUCCAACAAUGCCGAGAGAAGAACAAGAAAGGCAUACUCAAGGAAUGGUUGAAGCACAAUUUGCUAAUCAAUCGAGAAUGUAUGAUACACAAACUUCUGAGAUGGCAUCAUCAAUGGCAUCAUCAUUCUCCUCGGAACUCCGAUCAAUUGAUGGAGACGCUGAAACUGAUUCAGAUCUCGAAUGGAUAACGCCUGAAACUGCACUUAUGAAGGAUCCACAACCACAACGGAGUCAUCGUUUUGUGCUGAAAAACUCGGAUUAUGAUCCUUAUCGCGAGCCCGUGCAUCGGAAUAUUCGAGCAAUGUCUGCAGAGCAAGACUAUCGAAAUCGGAGGAUUCAAUCGGGCUCUGAUAUGUCGGAUGCCGAGUGUGGAGGACCGAGUACAAGCAGGGCGAAUAGUCGGAAUAGUUACCGUCGCGGCUGGCGUCCCUCAUCCAAAAACUCGCUCCGAAACGGUUUUGGCCUAUUCCGAAAAGGCCACUCUGAUAACGAACAAUCAGUUGAUGGAAUUGAUAAAAUAGAGGCAGCUGCAAAUCGAGUUGAUCGAAUGAUUCAAGAACUCAACGCUUUUGGAGAUUUCGCUGAGAUCAAACCACUCGAAUAUCAACCAUUUCCUGCAAAUUUCGGAUCAGUAAAAUCGAUACAUCGUGCAAUGUCAUCAGCAUGUCAUACAGAAUACGAUAAUGCAGAAUCUGAUGCUGUUAUCUCUGAUGUAGAGUCGAAUGCUAACUCGAUUUCUCAGUUAAGAAAUUCUAAAUCUCGACAGAAACGUCGAUGGAAAGAAGCAAGAAGAUGGCAUCGCGAUGCUGCUGAUGGUGAUACUGAAUCACAAUGUAGUAGUAUGGCUGGAAGUAUUGAUUUAGAUCCUAUCAGAUGGAAAUCAACUCAUUCAAUCGGUUACGAAAACGAGUAUGAAAUGCAAAGUGACGUUGAGGGACUGGCAUUUGAAGAAAUGGCUGCCCUUUCUCGUGAUAUUCGAAACAAUUUCGGAGACUUUCAACUUUCAACAUUUGAUGAUAUUGAUCAGGACUAAUCAUUUCAUUUUUUUCAAAUAUAUGUUUCUUACUAUUCUCUAGGUCUUUCAGGUAGGCAUGCCUACCUGAUAGCCUCACCUCUACCUGAAUCUCUAUGUUUCUCCUCAAAAUCCUCACCGAUUCUAAAAACGGGUCUCUCAAAAAAGUACCAAUAUAUUUUUGCUCAACUUGUUGCCUUCCCUUUUUUGUAUCCCGGUAUACUUUAUUGUUAUGCAAUACUUAAUUGUUCUCUGCGAUACGCGGUGCUAAUUAGUUUUCAAAAUGAAUAUUUUUC